ACUCGCUCGACCUCUGUUUUCACAUUCUCUCAACAUCCCCUGUUUUACUGCUGUAAAUUGCAGUUGAUUCUCCUUUUUUGAAGUAAUUUCGUUUAGUAAAGGAAAAAAAAAAAGAAUGGAGAAGGUGAAGGUGAAGGAGAAAGAAGUGGUGGAAUUGUUUGAAGCGGCCAAGAAAGCUGCGGACAGGGCGGCGGCGCUUGAUGGCGGAGCCUCCGAGGAAAGCCGUUGCAUUGAUGCUCUCUCUCAACUCAAGGACUUUCCCAUCACUUAUCAACUACUUGUCUCCACUCAGGUUGGUAAACGACUUCGGUGUCUGACAAAACAUCCGAGGAAGAAAAUCCAGGCUUUUGCUUGUGACUUGCUGCAGAUAUGGAAAAACCUGGUUAUCGAGAAGAAGAACAGUGAUGAUAACGAUGGAAAAGUGGGAAGCAAAAGCUCUGUUAGAGCGGAGCCGGCAACUGCAAAGCUUGCGUAUGCUAAGAAGGUGCAAAAGACACAAAAGAAUGGCACAGCAAACCCUGAGAGAGCUGCUGAAGAAACCAAUUCUGUGGAGGAUAAGGUUGAAAACAUAAUCAAAGAAGAGAGGCAAGCUUCUUCUGAUGCGAAAUCUCCUCCAAAGCUGUCUUCUAUGGUGAAAUGUAAUGAUGAGUUGAGGGACAAAGUAAGAGAACACAUUUAUGAGAGCUUGUGUAAGGUCUUUAAGUUUUUGGCCAAGGGGUGGAUGGAAAACUUCCUAGAAGAAGUAAAUGCCUGUGAUCUAAGAGUGGCUGUUUCUGUGGAGUCUGCCAUGUUUGAGAGCUGGGGCAAAUCUAAUAGUGCCAAGAAGAUUCGAUACAGGUCCUUGUUUAACAUGAAGGAUCAAAACAACCCAGAUUUCCGGAGAAAAAUCCUGCUUGGACAAGAGCCGGAGAAGAUUGUCACCAUGACAACAGAAGAAAUGGCAAGUGAUAGGAGGAAACUUGAGAACCAACAACUCAAAGACAAAGCUAUAUUUAACUGUCAGCGUAUGGAUGCUCCAACAGCCACAACCGAUCAAUUCAAGUGCGGUCGAUGUGGAAGUCGGAAGACAACCUACAGUCAGAUGCAGACUCGGAGUGCUGAUGAACCCAUGACAACAUAUGUAACAUGUACAAAUUGCAAUAACCGUUGGAAGUUUUGCUAAUGGUUCUCAUGUUGCUCCAUCUUCAUAUUUUCUUUCCUGAGAACCAUCUAGGAAAGGUCAUUAGGCUGCCAGCAACUGUUGUGUUUUCAGCAUUUGCUGCAGUUUGCAUGCUUAAGUUUAGGAUAGGAGCUGUAAUUAGUAGUAUUAGGAGCUGUUAUGAAUUUUUUACCAGUUAGGAGUGGAUUGUUAUAACUAACUUUUCUUUGGCUCUCUUCUCGUUUAGCUUUGUCAAAAUUGUGACAUUUUCAACAUUUAUUAAGCAACUUGUUGGAUGAUUGUGACAGAGCAGCUGAACC